CUCUGGAGACUGGAGCAUUCCCCUCUUCGUUCCCACACCAGGUCUCCAAACCCACAUCAAUGCGCCCCAGCCGCACCAUUUGUCGCCACCCUCUCCUCUCCGCCCCUUCUUUGUCCCCGGCUGCAGCCGCCCGGUCUCUCUCGCCUUCUUCUCCUUCUCCCCCACCGCAGUCGCCGGCCCAUUGUUUCUUGGACUCUCCGCUGCUUCCUUUCUCCUUCGCCUUGCUCCCGCUACUCACCCCCCAUUGCUAGAGCUCGAGCCCCGGGAGUCCUGAGAAACCUCUAGCCUCUGCGCCUUCACAUUCCCUCGCCAAUUGCAAUGGUGGCGUUUUCUUGCUCCAUCUCGUGCCCGGGGCGUUGAUUAAGGAGAGGCAAAACUGCGGAGUGGCGGUUACCUGGCCUGGGGGUGUGCUGCUCGUGCGUGCGUGCGUGCUCCCCGGAUUUGGACGCAGGGGAGUCAGAUCCGUUCCUCCCUCCAAGGAUCCAUGGGUUCCGUCAAGCUCGGCUCCAAGCCGGACGCCUUCACCAGGCGAGGCCAAGCGUGGUUCUGCACAACUGGGCUUCCCAGCGAUGUUGUCGUUCAGGUUGGGGAGAUGUCUUUCCACCUCCACAAGUUCCCUCUGCUUUCAAAGAGUGCCAUCUUGGGAAGGUUGAUUGAGGAGAAUUCAGACCAAGACGAAUGUACCAUCAAACUAUCCGACAUCCCUGGAGGUGCAAAAUCAUUCGAGUUAGUGGCAAGGUUCUGUUAUGGUUUGAAGAUAGAGCUCUCUCCAGCAAAUAUUGUCCACCUUCGAUGCGCCGCUGAAUAUCUCGAGAUGACAGAAGAAAUAGCUCAGGAUAACCUCAUCCACCAGGCAGAAAUGUUCUUUAACCAAGUAGUUCUCCGCAGCUGGAAAGAUUCCCUGGAAGCACUCAAGACAUGUGAUGUCCUUCUCCCUCAUGCCGAAGACCUUCACAUUGCGAAGAGGUGCGUCGAAUCGUUGGCCGCCAAGGCUAGCAUAGAUCCAGACCUCUUUGGCUGGCCAGUAUCAGAGCACGGUGCGAUGCAUAGCCCCGGGGGCAGUGUAUUGUGGAAUGGUAUUAGCACGGGCGCAAAGCUCGGGAACUUCAGCUCAGAUUGGUGGUAUGAUGAUGCUUCAUCAUUGAGCUUCCCUACAUACAAGAGGCUUAUCUCCACUAUGGAGUCAAGAGGUGCCAAGGAGGAGAUUGUCGCUGGUUCGCUCACAUACUAUGCCAAGAAGUGUCUCCCAGGACUGAAUAGGCGUCAAAGCAUGGGACCGGUGCCCCUGACUUCUGCUGCUGCUACCCUAUCUGAGGAGGAACAGAGGCAUUUGCUUGAGGACAUUGACAGGAUGCUGCCUCUUCAGAGAGGCCUGAUAUCCACAAAUGUUUUGCUCUGGCUGCUUCGAACUGCCAUGAUUCUGAAAGUCAACCGUGCUUGCAUUUCCAAUUUGGAGAAAAGGGUCGGCAUGCAAUUAGAUGAAGCCACACUGGAGGAUCUACUGCUACCUAACUUCUCGUACACAAUGGACACACUCUACAAUGUCGAAUGUGUGCGCAGGAUCCUUGAUCACUUCUUGGCAAUGGACCAGACCAUGGGUGGUGGCUCCCCGUGCUUGGAUGAUGUGAUGGGUUCUCCUUCACUGGCGCCGAUCACCGCUGUCGCUAAGCUGAUUGAUGGCUACCUUGCAGAGAUUGCACCAGAUAUCAACCUGAAGCCACCGAAAUUUGAAUCUCUUGCAACUGCUUUGCCUGAAUAUGCCCGGCCUCUAGACGAUGGACUUUACCGCGCCAUUGAUGUAUACUUGAAGGCGCAUUCUUGUCUGCCGGAAUCCGAGCGCGAGCAUCUCUGCCGGCUGAUCGACUGCCAGAAGCUGUCCCUGGAGGCAUGCACCCACGCCGCGCAGAACGAGCGCCUGCCGCUGCGUGUGGUGGUGCAGGUCCUCUUCUUCGAGCAGCUCCAGCUGCGGACAUCCAUCGCCGGGUGCCUGAUGGUCUCCGACAACCUGGAAGGAUCCUCACGCCCCCUCCACGGCAGUGGCACCAUCGCGACGUCCGGCGAAGCCGGUGCCCGCUGGGUCACGUCGGCGGCGGUGAGGGAGAACCAGGCGCUCAGGGCCGGCAUGGACAGCAUGCGGCUGCGGCUGGCGGAGCUGGAGAGGGAGUGCUCCGGCAUGCGGCAGGACAUCCGGAAGCUCGGUGGCGCCCCGGGGAAGGACGGCUGGGCGGCGCGGGUCCAGCGGAUGUUCAGCCUGAAGAUGAAGCUGCAGAUGUGCAGCACCGAGGAGGGGAAGAUGAGCGACCGGCACAGGACUGCCAGCGCCAAGCUGGAGAAGCUGCAGGCCAAGGUGUCCAGUCACAAGAAGCACCUCACCAUUGAUGCAUCUGUCCGAAACGCUCCCCCCCGUCUUCUCUCUCCUCUUGCCCGGCACGCUCUCCAACCCAAAGCCAGACCGGUCCUCCGCUCCUCCCACCCCCCAACCGCUAACCCUACCCGCCGGCGGCGCGGCGGAGAUCCGACUCCGGGAGGGCGCCCGAUCCCCCGCGAGCCAGCCAUGCCGCACGCGCGCUCCGAUCUGGGCUUGGAUGAUUCGCCGGCAGAGUCGUCGAGCUUCCGCAGCCCCAGUUCUUUCCCCAGAACAAAGCGUACAAAGUGGUCUGACAGGGAACCGCUUGAUUGUUCCGCCUCGGCUUGCAGUGGUGCACGCGUGAACAUGCUUGACCGGUGUUCGGAGAGGCGUCAGAUGGCUUCCUGUAGCGGCGACCAACCACAGAGCUCAGGCAUGUUUGUUGCCACGCAGGGGAAUGUUUGUCCUGUCAAUAACGGCGGUGGGAUCUAUUCGCAGUCUGGCAUGGGCUAUUCAAAUGGUCAAAAUGGGACAUAUGGUGCAUAUCCGCAACAUCAGCCCUUUGAAGGCUGUAUGUAUGUGAAUGAGCAUGGCCAGAUGUGUGGGCCUUACGCACCCAAGCAGCUCUAUGAGGGGCUAUCCAGUGGUUUCUUGCCUCAAGAUCUUGCUAUUUAUGCUCUUGUUGGUGGGCAAAUGCUCAAUCCUGUAGCCUUGAGUUCUCUAGAGCAGUUCCUUUCACAAUGGAAUUCUGCUGGCGCGGUCACCACGCCAAAUGAAUCGAAGGAGAAUAAGACAGUGGCUCGUACUGAUAAAAUGGCGCUUCCAGAUGCUCUCUCAAGCGAUGAGUCAUGCUGGAUGUUCGAGGACAGCGAUGGUAGCCGUCAUGGGCCACAUUCUCUUGCUGAACUUUCUUAUUGGCUUCAUAGCAGCUAUCUCCAGGAUCUUUCUAUGGUUUACCAUGUUGAUAGCAAAUUUGGUCCAUUUACACUUGUCUCAUUAAUUGAUUGGUGGAGUGGAGGUCACACCGAGCAUUCAGAAGCUUCAGAGAAUGAUUCUGGGUCAGCCAGUGACGUGAUGGGUGACAUAGUCGAUGAUAUUAGUCAUCAGCUCCAUGCCGGUAUAGUGAAAUCAGCCCGCAAGAUUUUUGUUGAUGAAAUUUUCAGCUGUGUGCUUCCAGAAAUUAUCGCCUGUAGGAAGACUGAGAAGCAACUAGCUGCAAAAUCGAAACUCCUAGCUGUUAAGCCUGACAGCAAGAAGGCUUCAGCAUUAAAGGGCAAGGCUCAUGCAAAAUUUACUGAUCACAAAAAAGGAAACUCAUAUAAUACAGUACGAGCAACUUCUCCCGUGGCUGUUCAGUCAACUGCGGUGCAUGCCAAAUUUGCUGAUAUAUUAUCAGCAGUUUGGCAAACUCUUUAUUACGAAUCCAUGAAGAAUAUCUGGGAUGGGAUACUGUAUGAUCCUGUUAUGGACUACUGUGGUGCAUGGAUUAAGAGAAAUCACCAUUCAAGUCUUCCUUGUACGAGUAUUCCUGGUGGGUCUGAUAAUGGAAACAAGCAAGAAGCUGAUGGAUUGAAGGUAAUAUGUGAUUCAGAAGCUAUCGAGUGCGACAUGGAUUUCCCACCUGGAUUUGGGCCAACAUUGGAGUGUGCAAGCCCUGUCUCUCCGCCGUUGUUAGAUAUUGGUUCUUGCGAUGGCAAAAAUAGUUGGUGGCGUGAAUCAAGUUCCACCAUAUAUUUUGAUCCCUCAUCAGGAGUCCAGGUAAUGCUGGCAAAUGAACUAUACGUGGCAGCAAAGGAAACUUUGUUUCACCAUUUCAGGAAGGUUAUUGCAGAGGAGAUAACAAACUGGUUGGGCUUUGGACUUGAAGACAUCACUGAUCAAGAACUAAUUCGUACUCCUGUUCAUGCACCGGACUCGCCUAGUUCUGCUGGAAUGGACAUUCAUGAAACACCCCCCAUUCCUUCUGAAAUGGCUCAAGAUAAAUUAUUGGAUAUUGCUAAAAUGACUACAGAUGCAAUAACCAGUCCGGCUGAAAUGGCUCUAGAUGCAAUAACCAGUCCGGCUGAAAUGGCUCUAGAUGCAAUAACCAGUCCGGCUGAAAUGGUUCUAGAUGCAAUAACCAGUCCGGCUGAAAUGGCUGUAGAUGAAGUGUUGGUUACAGCUGAAAUAGCUACUGAUACUGUACCCAUUCCUGCUGACAUGGUGGCAGGCGCAACAUCAUCUGUAUCUGAUGUGGCAACAGAUAAAAUGCUCACUUCUCAUGUGGAGCAUCAAUCCCCUUCUUCAUCUUAUGCUAGUAUAUUUGAAAAGCUGGAUGUAUCCGAGGCAGCUGAAUUGGAUGAGAGUUUUGAUGAGGUGCCUCCUGGUAUGGAGACUGGCUCAGCUUCUGUGCUGGUCAUGGACAAAAACAAAUACCGACCUUCAAAACCAACCAACUCUAUGCCCGGAAUUUCUAGAUACAUCACCGUGGCUAUCUGCAGGCAGACACUGCAUAAGAAUGUUAUAGAAGAGUGGGCAUCUCUCCUGUCAGAUACUAUCAGUGAGUGCCUUGAUUCAUGGUAUACCAAGCAGACUGUUGUGCCUAAAAACAUCGACGAAUCAUUGAGACCUAAUAAAGAAUAUGCGUACUACAGAAAGAGAAAGUUAAGGAACAGCUGUGAAGCAGUGUCAUCCAAAAAAGCAGUGAGAACUCCAACGGAUGAGCAGCUUUCCAAGCCUCUACGUGAGCUUGUUGAGCGCAAGGUUCAUCUUAAAAAUGUCCAGGAACCAAGGAAGGCCGGGAAGUCGAAAAAGUCCUCCAAGAGUCGUACCAAAACUCUUGAUAAUGUUGUAAACACUUUGAAUAUCGAACAAGGCUUGAAGCGGCUUUCCAAUGAUGUGCCAAAGACCUCCAUGAGUCGUACCAAAACUCUUGAUAAUGCUGUAAACCCUUUGAACAUUGAACAAGGCUUGAAGCGGCUUCCCAAUGAUGUGCCAAAGGCCUCCAAGAGUCGUACCAAAACUCUUGAUAAUGCUGUAAACCCUUUGAAUAUCAAACAAGGCUUGAAGCGGCUUUCUAAUGGUGUGCCAAAGGCCUCCAAGAGUCGUACCAAAACUCUUGAUAAUGCUGUAAACCCUUUGAAUAUUGAACAAGGCUUGGAGCGGCUUUCCAGUGAUGUGCCAAAGAUCUCCAAGAGUCGUACCAAAACUCCUGAUAAUGUUGUAAGCCCUUUGAAUAUCGAACAGGACUUGAAGCGGCUUUCCAAUGAUGUGCCAAAGAGACAAAGGACUUCUCAUCUUACUAGGAUGCCUCUGGUUGAUAACGAGGUUCCUUUUGAGAACGUUAGUGUGCCCACAAAGCUUGCAAAGAAAAGAAAGAAUAAGAACAUGUCUACUGACUCCAGUCAGAAGGCAAAACCAUUGAUUUUGUGUCCAGAGUCAGAUGGUUGUGCAAGAGCUUCCUCCAAUGGGUGGGAGUGGCGUAAUUGGGCACGCACCGCCACUCCAUCAGAAAGGACUCGUGUGAGAGGGUACCGCGUUCGGAGUAUUCUUUCAACUUCAGCUAAUAAUGUGUGGAAAAACCCACAAGUUAAAGGUACAUCUGCGCGAACAAACCGCGUUAAGUUACGAAACCUGUUAGCUGCUUCUGAAGGCACCGAGCUACUGAAAAUUACCCAAUCGAAGGCAAGGAAGAAGCGGUUACGUUUUCAAAGGAGCAAGAUUCAUGAAUGGGGUCUGGUGGCCCUUGAGUCAAUUGAUGCAGAAGAUUUCGUUAUUGAAUAUGUUGGUGAACUGAUUCGCCGGCCGGUCUCAGACAUACGUGAGGCUCAAUAUGAGAAGAGUGGAAUUGGAAGCAGUUACCUUUUUCGCUUGGAUGAUGAUUAUGUGGUUGAUGCUACAAAGCGUGGCGGUUUAGCAAGAUUUAUCAACCAUUCGUGUGAGCCGAAUUGUUAUACAAAAAUAAUUACUGUUGAGGGCCAGAAGAAGAUUUUCAUUUACGCAAAGAGGCGUAUAUAUGCUGGCGAAGAAUUGACGUACAAUUACAAAUUUCCAUUGGAGGAAAAUAAGAUACCAUGCCACUGUGGUUCCCAAAGGUGCCGUGGUUCAAUGAACUAAGAAGUCAAGCUUAUUACUGAGGAUUUUACACUAAAGUACAGGAUGGUGGAACAUGCUGUUUUGGGGAGAUUGCAGUUUCUUACCCUGUGAUGAAGAACGAACUACACUAUUUUAGGCUAGAUGAGCUAAUUCAGGCUAUCCAGAGUAAGGCACAAGCGCCGACUAUUGGUUGCCAGCUCGCUAGGAAGACUGCAACUGAGCUUUCUCCGUCUGGUCUGUUGAGAGUGAAGAGGAGUUCAGCGUGUGCGGAGCUAGUGGAUGGUUGGUUACUUGCUGACAAGGUUAAUACUAAUGUUCUUGCUCAUAUCUGGAUAGAAUUGGAAAACCCACAAUCUUGUACAUUGCCAAACAGCCCAACACUAUGAUUAAUUGCAUUUGACCGAUUGAAAGAUAUAGAGAUUACAUUGUGGUUAUUGGAUGAGAAGUAAAUCUAACUAGUAGCCUGUAAAAGAUGAAACACAGAAAGGCAAGCAGUAAUGAAGUGUUUCCUUCAUCUUGUGAGGAUUA